AUGAAGUCGAAACUUAGUCUUUUUGUACUUACUCUUAGUAUGUCUAUUCUCGCCGAUUUAGUGGCCAGCGAAGUGAUGCCUUAUCCCGGCGACUGUACAAAGUAUCAAAAUUGCGAUUACAGCGGUUGCUUCGUCUUCGACUGUGCACCCGGCACCGAGUUCAACCCAAAAAUCAACGUUUGCGAUUACCCACUGCUCGAUCGCAAUUCGUGUGGCAAGCGGGCCGCGGGUUUUGCCGCUGGUAAUAACAGUCCGUCAGCUGGAAACGGUUCCUCGGAUGACGGGGACUACGGCGGUGAUGGAGAUGACGGAGACAAUGACGGUGAUCAGGGUGGAAACCAAGGGGGCCGCGGUUGCAGCCAAGGACGAGGUCCUUGCAAUCAAGGCGGUGCCGGCGGUUGCAGUGGAGGAAAGACCGGUCCCUGCAAUUCUCGUCCAGGAGGUAACCGCCCAGGAGUCAGUCCGGGAAAAUCGACAUACCAUCCUGGACCUCAAGGCGCGGGUUCUUCUGCAUAUCCAGGAGGUCAAGGUGCGGGCAGUUCUCAUCCAGGAGGUCAAGGUGUAGCCAGUCCCUAUCCAAAACUUCAAGGAGCAGGUAGUCCUUACCAAGGAGGUCAAGGUGCAGCUAGUCCCUAUCCAAAACUUCAAGGAGCAGGUACUCCUUACCAAGGAGGUCAAGGUACAGGCAGUCCCUAUCAAGGAGGUCGAGGCGCCGGUAAUCCUUAUCCAAGUGGCCAAGGUUCAGGCAGCCCGUCAUACCCAGGAAGCCAAGGUCCCAACAGCGGUGGCUGUGACGGAUCCUGCAAUCGUCCUGGAAAGAGAGGUCCACCUCGCGGUGGCAACCUUCAACAACCUAUCAGUGGUCAAUAUCCCGGAGGACAAAGUUCCGGUAACGCGCAUCCAGGAAACGGCGGUGGUGGUGGCCCCGGUGCUGCGUAUCCCCCACCGAACAGCAUCUGCAACUAUAAAAAAUGA